AGCACAAGUACCCUCGCACCCCGAAUCGGAUACCAUUCGUAAGAGGUCCGUAUUCGAUAAAGUACGCACAGAUAAAUAAUAAACAAAAAGUGGGCGUAUCUUAAUCUUACUUUCGAUAUGAAGUAAAAAGAAGAUGCCAUCUGCAAUUGUGACAGUCAGGGACCUAAAGAAUAAGGACAGCGGGAUAGAUAUAAGUAUACCUGUCUAUAAAGAAAUAAAGGGGUUACUACACUCAUCAUGGGAGUUCUAUGUAGUAGUUGUAUCUAAUCUGCAAUAUUUUAAAUCACCAAAGCAUAAAGACAAUGAUGUUGUACAGUUUAUGGUGCAAAAGAGACAAGCAGACUUUGAAACAUUACAUGCAAAGUUAACAGAAAAAUUUCCUGCCACAAUUCUGCCCUCGUUGCCAAAGAAAACAUUAAUAACAUCUGAGAAUGCUGUAAAAGAGAAGAAGUUAACAUUGGAGAAGUUUUUACAGUUCAUUGCUGUCACAAACAAAUUAGUCAAUUGUUCUGUCUUUCUUGAGUUUUUAGGUGUAAAUGCAAUAAAAGCAGGAAAGUUCCGAACGGAAGUUGACGAAACGGAUGAUAAAGAGACAACAGACGCAGUUGAUAAAGAAGAUGACAAAGACGACGGAGAACAAGAACAGGCGAGUGACAUGUUUGGUGACGGUAUAGAUGAUGACGAUGAAUCAGAUUUAUUCGCAACAGACAUGUUCCCAGAAGAUACGUCAACAAACACAUUCUUCCAAGAGGACACCAAAAUAUUUGACAAUCCCGACCUGAGAGGUAGUAUAGAGGAUGGAGAGGAAAGUGAUUUAUUUGUUCCUGGUUCUAAUAUUCCCGCCAUAAUAACAAAAACUAUACGUGUACCAGUCGAGGACAAUUCUGAUCUUCUACAAAUCGAGGAUGAUUUAAAUAGAUUUCUAAAUGUAGAAGAACAAAAGAAAGACAUAGACGACAGUAAUAAAACCAAUCUAAAACCAACACAAAAACAAAAGCCAACAACUUCACCGAAACCUUCAAUUUCACCUAAACCAGGACUAAGCGUUAAACCUGCAUUGCCCACCAAACCAGUAUCGACAACAACGAAACCGGAAACGAAUAUAAUUAGUGUAUCUGAAUCAGAUGUUCGAAAGGAAUCUAAUAAUUCCCCAAACGAAGUUGAUUCAAUAUCAAAAACUACCACCCCUUCUAGGCCCCCGAUUCCUAAGAAACCAAGUAAACCAUCAAUCGUGACAGACAAUAAAAUAUCAGUUAAGACUGAUAGUAAUGGACAAAAGUCACGUGAGUUACAGUCUUUGGAAACUAACGAUAUUUUACAAUACAUCGAAGCUAACACUGAACAAGAAGACGAAAUUGACCUUUUCUCGUGAACCUGAUUUAACUUUAAGCUUUUUCAAUGUUUUUUUGAUAAAAUAUUGUAUGUAUCGUU